AUGGCGUUACCGGAAUGGGGAGAUGUUCCUCCACUCAACGACGAGGAUUCUGACGGAGAAAACCGUACUGAGAGAAACGACUACAACAUUGAGCAAUCUGUGAUUGACUUCGAGGGCGAAUCACCCAUUCGUCACAAUGUAUAUCCAGACACAGAGAGUGAUGAUGAUGAGGAAGGAGAAGUCCAGAGAACAGUGAGAAAGCGUAACAAUAUUGUCAGAGGCGAUGGAAAAUUGUUUGAAGGGCAAGUCUUCAGCACUGGUUUGGCUUUUAAGGAAGCUGUUCUUGAUUAUGCUCUGAAAACAAGCAGAAAUCUCAAACAAUACAGGUAUGACAAAGAUAAGCUUGGCUAUAAUUGUGUUGGCGAUGGAUGUUCAUGGCGGAUUUACUGCUCCAAAACAGGAAAGACAUUUCAAUGGCAAGUUAAAGUCUUUAAGAAUGUUCAUAGUUGUGUCCCUAAUGGUUGCUGUGAGAUGAUAAAAGUUCCAGUGAUUGCACGCUUGUUUGUCGACAAGAUUCGAGAAGAGCCGGAAUAUUUUAUGCCAAAGAAGAUCGAGGAACUAAUCAUGGAGAAGUGGAAGAUCAAUGUGUCUAGACCUCAGUGUCAAGCUGCAAGGAACAAGGCGUUGAGAUGGAUUGAGAGAGAGUAUGAUGAACAGUUUGCGCGUCUCCAUGAUUAUGUUAAGGAGAUACUAGAGUCGAAUCCCAACUCUUCUGUGGAGCUUGAGUGUCUGCCUGAUGAGAAAGGCUUACAGUUAUUCAAUAGGUUUUAUGUCUGUUUUGACAUACUAAGAAGAAACUGGAAAGAUACUUGUAGACAGCUUAUAGGAGUGGAUGGAUGCCAUUUGAAAUCGAAGAUGAAAGGGAUGUUACUGGUAGCUCUAGGUCGAGAUGCGGAUAAUUCAAUAUAUCCUAUUGCUUGGGCUAUUGUGCAAGUAGAAAACACAGAUAAUUGGUUGUGGUUUGUGAAGAAGAUAAAAUAUGAUUUGGGUCUGCUUAAUGGUGAAGGAUUUAUCAUGGUCUCGGAUAGGCAAAAAGGAUUGAUCAAAGCUGUUCAGACUGAGCUUCCGGGAAUAGAGCACAGAAUGUGUGUGAGGCAUAUAUAUGGAAAUUUGAAGGGAAAGCAUGGGAAAAAAGCAGAUUUGAAGCUUCAUGUUUGGAAUCUUGCUUGGAGCUACAAUGAGCCAGAGUAUAGGGAGAACUUGGACAGGAUAUUCAACUAUGAUUCUGAAGUUCAUGAAGAUGUGUUGAAGACAAAUCCCAAGUCUUGGUCAAGAGCAUAUUUUAAGCUUGGAAAUUACUGUGAAGAUGUUGAGAAUAAUUCAACAGAAUCAUGGAACAACACAGUUCUGAAGGCUAGGGACAUGCCAUAUGUCCCUAUGCUGGAGAUGAUAGCUCGACAGUCAAUGGUCCGUAUUUCAAAGAGAAAUGUCAUAGCAUUGGGUCACAAAAGCUUGUGUACUCCUUAUGUGAUUGAGUACCUAAAAGAAGAGUUAGAGAAAGCAUCGGUGUGUGUGGUGCAUAGAAGCACAAAUAACACAUUUGAUUCGAGAAUUGGUGGGUGCUCACACCGUGUCAAUUUGGAAACUAGAAGUUGUACUUGUAGGAGGUGGGACAUCACAGGCAUUCCUUGUGAGCAUGCGUAUGGGGUCAUCUUAAGCAAGAAGCUUGAGGUUCAAGAUUAUGUGUGUCAUUGGUUUAAGACUGCUACGUGGAGGAGGACUUAUGCUGAAGGUAUAAUACCGCUUAGAGGUGCAAGGUUUUGGCCAGUUGGAGAAGAACCACGAGUGCAUCAUGCUCCGGAGCCACCACAACCUGGUCGUAAGAAAGGUGACAAAGACGGAAAGAGCGGAAAGAACGAUAAAAAGAGGAAGAAAGGAAUAAAUGAGUCUCCAACAAAGAAGAAACCCAAAAUGUUGAAGAGGACAAUGCAUUGUAGUCAAUGUGGUGAAGCCAAUCACAACUCUCGAUUUCACAAGAAAGCACAACAGGCUCCUCAACGUGACUCUUCUCAGGUUGAGUCUUCACAGGCCGAAGAAUGA